CCAGAUGUCCGCACAAUAAAAAUUGAAUCGGCAUGGAUAUUCCAAAAUGAAAAACAGUUAAUUAGUGAAUUUUCAUUCCAGUUUUCAUUUUUUAUUUAGUGUUAAUUAGUACUUCUCACAUGACAGGGAAAAGCAUCAAGUCAAAAACUUUGAAAUAUACCCAAGUAUAAGUAUAUAUACAAGUAAACCGUAAUGUUUAUAUAACUGUUGCGCUGAUAAAACAAAAUGGUGAAUAGAAAAAUGAGAGAACAGAAUGCAUCUUAACAGACCGAAAAAUGCAUGUCGCUUGAAGUACAGACAAAAUUCGUGUAUUUUGCUGUCAAGCAGUGUGCCCGUAUACAUAGAUGCUAAUCACGUCUCUGACUCGAUUCUUGUAUGCCUGUAUAAUGCAUGAGAUGGAUACUGUGAAUCAAGCAUGCCCGAAUUGUAAAAAUAGACUAGUCUUGGGUUGUUACUCGUGCAGAUAAAGACAAACACAGCAAAUAUCAUUGGUCGCACGAACGAGGUUUUUCGUUCAUUACAGUAGUUCAUUUUAUUCAGUAACCCAGUGAGAACAUCAUCAAAGAAUAACAUUACUCUUUUAAUCUCAAAAGUCAGGUUUGAUCUACAGACAUAAAAAGAAGAUUCACUUCUUGACUGUGUAGUGCAGAUUCUUGAUAAAAAAAAGACGCGCCUGUUAUGAAGCCAAAUUACAGAAUAACGGACUAGUCACGCCAGUAUCGGCAACCUCUUGUAGUAGGCGUUUAUAGUAGUGCUUCAAUAAUUAAGAUAUACUAAGAGGUUUUUUUAUUCUAUGUGGUUGGCUUAGGUUGUUUUCAAAUCAACGAGGAUCCUGCUCCAGGGAUAGGACACUUUUGUAUUUUUGUCAAAGUUUAUGAAUAUUCCUCAUGAUCAACUAAUGUAGACGUUUCAGAUCAACUAAGUUCCUUGUUAAUAUAAAUCCUGUAUUUGAAUAAUGAGACGCCUUCCAACACCAAAUUAAUUUUCUUCUUCAUUGUAGUGCGCGUGUAAUCUUUUCCACAGUGAGAUUUACUUUGCAUUCCAGAGCAAAAUGGACUAAGCAAGGUGUAGUAGAAGAGGUAAACAUUUUUUUCUCAACAGUUAUGAAAAGAGAAUUUGCUUGACUAUAACCGACCGAUACUUUUAUCCUUCUGACUUUUGUAGAUGGAAAUAAGUCCGUUUUUCCUCAUUUAGACUAAGAACAGAGUAGGAAACAAAAAUUUCAUUUGGUUUCUUAUAAAAGAAACGUGUUUGAUAUCUGUUGGACUGAAACAAAAAAAAAGACUAAAAGAAUGAUCGAUUGCAUACAUUGUACCAGUUUUUGUUGUAUUACUGACUUACGCUGGAAUUUUUUCUAAGGAUGAGGAAAAUAUCGAAAACAGGAGAUUAACUUUUUUUCUAUUUUUAACAGAAAUUUUUUAUUCAGUUUCAAGUGAAAUAAAAAAGCCGUGAGACUGGUUUUUCCAACUACUGACAUAGGUAUUAUUUAGUAGAAUUAAUCUAUGUCUAACAUAUACGAUAGUCAAAUCUGCUUAAAUAACUAAAAUGAACAGUCAUUUUGAAUAGUGGAAGGUACCUUAGAUAUAAUCGGUCACUUAGUAUUUUGAUCAAAACUACUUUUCUAACAUUCUAAAAACUCAACUUUUUGCAAAAGCUAGACGUCCGAAUUUUAUUACAAAGCGUAAAAUUGGGUCGCUAUAUGAUUAAUAGUGAACAACUUUAAAACAGUCAAUUUUUUUCUCAAGUAUCUUUAGCAAAUUCAAACUUCUUUUUUAACCUUAAUAUAAAUAGGUGUUACAAUACAUCAGACUGACUUAUCUGAUACUUUCAUGCGCUUUCGCAUGUUAUACAAUAUGAUAUUUCAACACAUGAAAGAUAAUCUGGAAAAACUUCUUGUGACUUUUCAGCACGUAGCUCUGAAAAAAAGUUGAAUUUCUAGAAUGUGGAAGAAAAGUUUCUGAAAAAAAACGCAUUUAGAAUUUAAAAUUAUUGUUGAUGAUUUAUUCUCUUUUAGAUGUGCACAUUAGCUCGUGAAUCACUAAUGCGUUCAUUUCGAUUUCUUUUCACUAAAUCUCAUGCCACUAAUAUUAAUAAUAUAAAUCGACAUUUGUCUUUGAUACGUUCAUUCGAAUCAACUGUUGAUUAUCGUCGACAACAAGCUCGACGAACCGUUCUUGUACAUCUUGGUCGUAGCCACUGUGAAACAGAUUUAUACAAAAUGUGUUCUGGAAUAGGAACAAUAGCAAAUAUGACUUUAUAUACAGCAAAUAAAAAAGAAUGUGCUCUAAUCGAAUUUACCACUGAGCAAAGUGUUAAAUUGUUAUUAAAUCAAAGUACUCACUUUACGAACGAGAAUCGACUACCGUGUUCUCAGAAUCCUUCACCAAAAAAUAAAAAUUUCCUUAUUGGAAGAGAAAUUGAACGGUCAGAUGAUUCAAUUGUUGUUCAAUCGCUGGGAGAUAUAAGUAAUGUUAGUGAUCAAAUAAAACAUUUCUGGCAUAAAACAAAAUUAACAGAAAUUGAUAUUAGAUUAAGAUAUUUUGUAGCAUCAAUUAUUGAAGAAGCGUUUAGUAGUAUAUUUGUUGAUACUGUUUGUUUACCAUUUGGCUCGUCUGUAAGUACAUUCGGUAAAUUAAAUUGUGAUUUGGAUAUGGUGAUGUGUUUUGAAGAUUUUAGAGCAAAAAAUUUACAGUUACAACGUGAAGAAGAACAUACGCAAGCUCAAAAAUUGAGAUUUUUAACAAAACGAAGUUAUUUGACUGAUCGAUUUCAAGCACAGGCAUAUCUAAAAAUUUUAGCUGAAACAUUGAAACAUUUUAUGGCUGAAUGUACAGAUGUUCAAAUAAUUCUGCCAGCACGUGUUCCCAUUGUUCGAUUUUAUCAUCGAUUAUCCGCUUUACAUUGUGAUGUAUCAAUGAGUGAAUUUAAAUCAUCUUAUUAUAUGACAAAAUUAUUGUGGAGUUUAAGUACAAUUGAUAGUCGUAUAGCACCACUGGUCUUCUCCAUUCGAUGUUGGGCGAAAGAAUCAUCAAUUACUCAAAGUACACCAGGACCAUGGUUUUCAAAUUUUCAAAUGACUCUCUUGGUUUUAUACUAUUUACAAAAUGUUGGAAUUAUACCAAAAUUGAAUUAUAAUAACGAUCAUCCCGCACAUAAUAGUGACGAAGUUGGUAACGAUCAGAUUUUGUUAGACGAAUUAGAAAGUAUUCGUCAUAAAAAAAUGAAUACAUUAAAUAAUAGUUCAUUAGGUAAAAGUGGCGGUAAUCUAGACAGAGAAUGGCCAAUAUUUAUUGAAAAUCCUCUCGUACCCCAUAUGAAUGCCAGUAAAAAUCUAGUAUUAUCUGAAGGUGAACGAUUUCGUCAAACAUGUUCAAAAGCGUACGACAUUCUAAAUUCUCAAGAUUCAAAUAACACAUUAUUAUCUCUAUUUGAACAAUGUAAACAACCAUUACCAGAUCAUUUAAUAACAAAGGCAUAUCCAUCUCCACUCUCCAUUAUGCCUCAUUUAGAAACAGAUUUAGAUAUUGGUGAAAAUCAAGAGAGUAUGAUGACAAUGAUUAGUGAUGACAACGUCAUUGUACAAGAAAAACAACAACUGUCAUCAUCAUCUUUAAAAAGCGAAACAACGGUGGCGGUUAAUGAAAUUGAACCAGUUGAGAAAAAGUUAAAUGAGACAAUCGAUUUGUUUAUUGAUAAUUUAAUACAUGAUAAACGUAUAAUUCGAAAAAGAACAACAACUUAA